AUGCCAUCAUCAACAUCGAGAACAAUUCGUAAAGCAAUUGGUGCAAUGAAGGAUCAAACAAGCAUCAGCAUAGCGAAAGUAGCUGGAAAUGUAGCUCCACACAUUGAGGUUCUAGUCGUGAAAGCAACGAGCCAUGACGAAAUUCCUGCGGAUGAUAAGUACGUAAGAGAAAUUUUCAAUUUCACUUCUUAUUCUAAAGGAUAUGUUAAUGCUUGUUUAGUAUCGAUCACCAAGAGAUUCUCGAAAACGCGCGAUUGGAUUGUCGCGGUUAAAUCGCUUAUGCUUGUUCAUAGGUUUUUGACUGAUCGGCAUCCUACGUUUGAGGAUGAGAUUGUUCAGGUUCAUGCUAGGGGGGUGAGGGUUUUUAGUAUGAGUGAUUUUAGAGAUGAGGCGCAUUCGAAUUCGUUGGAUCAUGCUUGUUUUGUUAGGGUUUAUGCAAUGUAUCUUGAUGAGAAGGUUGGAUUUUUGGUUUAUAAGAGGGGAUUGAAAGGUGAUAUUGUUGAAUCUGGUGAUUGUGAAUCUGCUUCUGUGAAGAGGAGUGAGGUUGUUACGCCUGCGAGGGAAAUGGAGGCCGAGAGGGUUUUGGAUAGGUUGAAGCAUUUGCUUCGGAUUCUUAAUUGUGUGUUGGAUUGUAAACCGAAUGGGGCUGCCAAGAAUAAUAGGUUAUUGUUGGUUGCGAUUCAUCAUAUUGUGAGGGAUAGUUUUAAGCUGUAUGUGGAAAUUUGUGAUGUGUUGGGGGUGUUGAUGGAUAGGUUUAUGGAAAUGGAGUAUGAACAAUGUGUGAAAGCUUUUGAGUUUUAUGUUAGAGCUUCCAAGAAGAUGGAUGAGUUAGCAGUUUUUUAUGAUUGGUGUAAGGAUAUGGGCAUCGCGAGAUCCUCUGAGUACCCUGAAGUGCAGAAGAUUACUGAUACUCUCUUGGGGACACUCAAUGGUUUCUUGAAGGAAAUGGGUGGUAGAACAAAGAGUCCUGAGAUGAAGGUUAAGGUAAUAGGUUUGGUUAAAGAGCAAGAGUUAGGUAUUAAUGAGGUGAAGGCUCUUCCAGCACCCGAGAUAAAGAGUUCAACACCUCAAUCGCAAUCGCCUCCUUUGGCUCCCGAGAUAACGAAUUCAACACCUCAAUCGCAAUCGCCUCCUUUGGCUCCCGAGCCUAAAGAAGCACCUCGCGUUCUACAAGAAACAGGUGACUUAUUGAAUCUAAGAGAUGAUGAUGAUGUUUUGGCCAAAGAGCAAGGUAAUAAACUUGCAAUGGCCUUGUUCUCUGGAGUUUCGGCAGUUAAGACAGAUGGCCUGUGGGAGGAAUUUAGUUCAUCUGAAGUGACUCCAGCGUGGCAGAAACCAGGGGCUGAAAUAGGGAAAGUGGAUUGGGAAUUGGCAUUGGUAGAGACUACUAGCAAUCUGUUGAAAGAGAAGUCUGAUUUGGGAGGUGGUUUUGAUUCACUUUUACUGAAUGGAAUGUAUGAUCAAGGUGCUGUGAGACAGCAUGUGAGUUCAACUGAUAUGAGUGGUGGAAGUUUUAGUAGUGUGGCAUUGCCAGGAGCUGGUAAGAAUGCAGCACCGAUUCUUGCUUUGCCUGCUCCAGAUGGAACAAUGCAAGCUGUAGGAACACAGGAUCCAUUUGCAGCAUCACUCUCUGUACCGCCACCUUCGUAUGUGCAAAUAGCAGAAAUGGAGAGGAAACAGCAUCUGCUUGUUCAAGAACAAAACAUAUGGCAACAAUAUGGGAGAGAUGGAAUGCAAGGUCAAGUUGGUUUAAUAAGUAUUGGAGGUGGAACAUCUCAUUAUCAUGCUCCUGGUUCACAACCUAUGAUGAGUUAUGGAAUGCCACAAGUUGGUGGGAUUGGACAACCUGGAAGCUAUUACAAUGCACCUUUUUGA